AUGCAACUCAUUUCCAAAAGGCUUUACCAUUUUACGCUUGCUCGAAUGUCCUUCUUGAAUAAAUUCCUCAAGCCAAUGAUGACAACAGCUUCGCCAAAAGAUUAUCAAGUAAAGCAACUGAUUAAGCCCAUAGGCUUAACAGAUGCACCAAAGAGCAACACUAAAUACUCUCAGGGAAACUCACUAAAAGAUAUGUUUGAUUCGCAAAAGACAAGCCACAGGGUUAAAGAAUUGAGCGUUGAAUUCAGCAAAUCGGGACUUUACGACGUGCAAGUCUUUCAAAAGACGAGAGGGAAGUUGUUUCUGGCCCCAAUUUCAUAUUGGAAGGACACUAAAGCUUUAUAUUUCCCACAUUUGGUUGGCACUUCAAUGGAUAGUACGAAAGAGCUGAAUGUCGAGACUUUAUUAAGGGGCAAAAUCAGCAUAGUGAGAUUAUUUAGCACAGCGUCCGGUGAUAAAUUGAGUUCUUCAUAUUUCCAAGAAACCACUAACAAUAAUAAAACAAUUGACUAUUUGGCUGAAGCUGAUGCGCGUUUACGUUUAAACAGCAACAAUGUGCAAAUCAUCGAAAUCAACCUUAUAGAAAACGCUGUGAAAAGUGCCCUUGUCAAAACGCUCACCCGUUGGAUCAACCGUGUUCCAACUUGGCGACAGCCCUUCUAUUUCGAGUGUUCCAGGGCCCAAUGGCCGUUUUCAAUUAGAGAGGAACUCUUUUGCAACAACGUUUUUUCUGGCUACGUCUUUCUGGUAGACGAGCACUUGAAAAUUAGGUGGGCAGCAUGUGGGGAGGCUACUUCAUAUGAAAAGGAAGCAUUGUGGAAGUUCGCUAAAAGUCUCUGA